GUUUUCAAAGAUAAAAAGUUCACGAUGUCGCCUCCGUUAUUUUUAAUUGAAGUGUUUCGAUGAAGCGCUGUAUAGUCUUUUGAGGCUGAUGUUGAUGCCAGUAGAGUUAUUUUACCAAACCCAGCACCGUCAUAUCUUAUACUGAGUAUACGGAGUGGGUUCCGAAUCAGUGCAAUGGAGGGUUCCAAGUCCUCCAGCACUACCAUGCAGGUGAGCUUCGUCUGUCAGCGCUGCAGCCAACCUCUCAAACUGGACACGUCCUUCAACGUGUUGGACCGCGUCACCAUUCAGGAGCUCAUCGCACCAUUAGUCACAGUGACACCAAGCAAACCAGCAGAGAGCACUGAGGGAGAGAGCAUACCAGAGGAAACCUUUGUAGAGAACAAGCAAGAUGGAGUGGCAAGGAAGUACAUUCCCCCUGCACGAAUGAUGUCCACAGAGAGCGCCAACAGUUUCACUCUGAUCGGAGAGGCGUCUGAUGGAGGCACCAUGGAGAACCUGAGCCGCAGGCUAAAGGUGACAAGUGAUCUGUUUGACAUCAUGUCGGGGCAGACGGACGUCGACCACCCCCUGUGCGAGGAGUGCACCGACACCCUGCUGGACCACCUGGACACGCAGCUCAACAUCACCGAGAAUGAGUGCCUGAACUACAAGAACUGUCUGGAGCUGCUGUCUCAGCUGCAGGAGGAAGAGGAGGGCACGCUGCUGGCAGAGCUUCAGCAGCUGAAAGAGGAAGAGGAGUCCUUGAUCCAAGAGCUGGAAGCAAUCGAGGAGCAGCGUGAGGCCGUGGCCAACGACCUCGCCCAGGCCCGCAGCCACACCCAGCAACUGGACACCGAGGAGCUGCAGUACCAGAAGGAGUACAGCGAGUUCAAGCGGCAGCAGCUGGAGCUGGACGACGAGCUCAAGAGCGUGGAUAACCAGAUGCGCUACUCCCAGAUCCAGCUGGACCGCCUGAAGAAGACCAACGUCUUCAACGCCACGUUCCACAUCUGGCACAGCGGUCAGUUUGGGACGAUCAAUAACUUCCGCCUGGGGCGCCUGCCCAGCGUACCAGUAGAAUGGAAUGAGAUCAACGCUGCCUGGGGACAGACGGUGCUCCUGCUGCACGCGCUGGCCAACAAGAUGGGGCUGCGGUUCCAAAGGUACCGCCUGGUCCCAUAUGGAAACCACUCCUACCUGGAGUCUCUCUCAGAUAAGUCCAAGGAACUGCCUCUGUACUGCUCUGGAGGCCUGCGUUUCUUCUGGGAUAACAAGUUCGACCACGCCAUGGUGGCCUUCCUGGACUGUGUGCAGCAGUUCAAGGAAGAGGUGGAGAAGGGGGACACAGGCUUCUGUUUGCCCUACAGGAUGGACGUGGAGAAGGGGAAGAUCGAGGACACCGGCGGCAGCGGCGGCUCCUACUCCAUCAAAACCCAGUUCAACUCGGAGGAGCAGUGGACCAAGGCCCUCAAGUUCAUGCUCACUAACCUCAAGUGGGGCCUGGCCUGGGUCUCCUCCCAGUUCUACAACAAAUGAAGAUGCUGCUGGAUGGGACUGCCUGCCAAGGGCAGUGGGCCUGGCUCCAUUUAGAAACUCCCUCCGUUGGUCCUCGGCUGUAUAAUUAUAGGAGUCUCUACAUAAAAGCAAGAUGGAGGCAAAUGCUGGUCCUGAUCAGGAGUUGCUGCUUGGUCCCUCACUCUCAUUACAUAUUCAUUACAUAUUCAAUUUUUGGAUAGUGUACUUUAUUUAGACAUGAGUGCAUACCAUACUGCUGUUUACGUCAUUUGAAUUAUGAUAGUGUUUUGUACUGAAGCGUUUAAAAGGGUAGACAGAUACAGUGAUCUGUUCUGUAUGCAAAGUAGACGAAACUGUACACAUACUGCAUGUGUUUUAGUUUGCUUCACAUGCUGCAUAUGUCAAUAGAGUUGAUUCCUGGUAAUAUCCCUGACUUUUUAUAUCUCAAACACCUUAAUUCUAUAAUAAUUAAUAAUUCUUAAAUAAAUCCUAAUACAUUUUAAUAUAAGGUUUACUGUCACCUACAAUUGAACUCGUUCCCUUGUGGACUGUAUUAAAGGUGUAUUGUAGAGAGAAACUAUUUAAAAUACUAAGCUGUCAAAUGAGAUUGAUAUUACUUUAAUUAACAUUAUAAAUGUUACAUGGUAUUAAGAUAAUUUCUGGGGUUCAACUCAUGAGCUCUCAGAAGAAGCACAGUGCCAUUUUAUUUAAAGGAAAGUCAAUCACAAGUUUAAACAAGUUGUUCUUCCAGCAAUGUUUUUUCUCCAGUUAGCGGUGUUCCUCCACUAUAUCAGUGGUCAUUAGAAUAAGUGGAAUAAUUAGCAUGCUGGCUUCUGUUGUUAGCUGGCUUGAGUUUGUUUGUUUAAAGUUUGGAGAAAUGUUAUGCAUUCUAGACUGGCUCUAAGAAAAUAUUUACAAAUUGCAGCCACCUGACUUAAUUUUUCAAUUGGCAACAGUGUACAGCACACAGUAUCUCACUUAAUAUUUUCAGCCAAGGUUAUGCACCAUGAUCAUUUUACAUUUUAGUCUGGUGUGAGUCAGCCUCAGAAAAUGUGUUUUUUCUUUUCAUAAAACAGCAAAGUUAAAAUAAUGUACUGUCAAUUCAGGAUUGCAAUAAAAGAUGUAGAAAAUGCAGUACUGGAUAUUAUUUUUCAGUAUUCAGCAACAAAAGAAAUAAAGUGCUAGAAUGUUACUCUCUCUGCAAUUUCUUAGAAUGGGGUAGUAAAACAGAA